AUGGUUAAGCAUGAAGCCGGUCCUGAUCAAGUGAUGCCUCCUCCUAAGUUUAGGUUAACGGAUCCAUCAUCAGGAGUCAAGGAACAAUACUUGGUGAUGACCGUUGGACCGAGCCAUUGCGGGAGCAACCAAUCUCAUAACAAUCUUGAUGUCUCAGUGAGUCAUGAUCGCAGCAAAACUAUCGAUGAAAGGCUUUACCUGAACGCAAGUUCAUCAUCCCGUGGCUCCUCUGGUUACAGCUUUGGCAAGACCAUCAAAGAAAUGCUAGGGGUCGAAGCAUUACAACAGACCGCUAUUGGUAACAAAUUGAACCAACAACCAGGAUCAACGCGAAGGAGUCAUGCAGCUGAUGUUCACAAUCUCUCCGAAAGGAGGAGGAGAGAUAGGAUCAAUGAGACAAUGAAGGCUUUGCAAGACCUAAUACCUCACUGCAGCAAAACUGAUAAAGCAUCAAUUCUAGACGAAGCCAUAGAUUACAUGAAGUCACUUAAGUUACAACUUCAAGUUAUGCGGAUGAGGAGCGGAAUGGUUGCUUCGGUGGCUCCGAUGAUGUUCCCCGGCGUACAGUCUCAUCCGUUCAUCCAUCAGAUGCAGAGUCCGGUACAGUUGCCUCGAUUUCCGGUUAUGAACAAUCUCAGUUUAGCUUGUCAGAACCCGGUACAACACCAAGUUUUCUCCGAUCGGUUUGAUAGAUACAUAGGCAUAUUACCACAGACGCAGGCCCUAUCUUUUUUUGAUCAAACAUUGUGUAAACAGUUUACUCGAGUGUUAUAUGACAUGGUUUAUCCGAGUACUAACGUUGUCGACUAG